CGAAGCUGACCCAACCGCAACAGCUAUAAAAUCCGCACAUAUGAGUACGCCUUCGUCGGCUCAGCUCGAUCGCCUGAUACGCCCAAAUUAAACCACGGAGAAUAACUCUUACAAAGGAGCAGAGUAGCGUUUGAUUUGCAGCCGCAAAACGAUCGAGACGUCAGCAGCAUGGGAGCCGAGGUUAUCCAGCAGCAGCCGGCGGUGCUUCUCGUGCCGUUCCCCGCGCAGGGUCACGUCACGCCCAUGCUUAACCUGGCGCGCGCCCUCGCCGCGCACGGCGUCGCGGCCACGGUCGCCGUGCCGGACUUCAUCCACCGCCGCAUCGCCGGCGCCGCCGCCGCCGGCGGCCGCGCGAGGGAUAAUCAGGCCGUCGGCGGCGGCGUGGAGCUCGCCUCCAUUCCGAGCGGCAUCCCCCACCUCCCGGCCGGCGAAAGCGGUGGCGGCCGGCACGCCGACGACCAGCCGGGCUUCGGCGCCAUCGUGCACGCCAUGGAGCACCACAUGCCCGAGCAGCUGGAGCGGAUGCUGCUGUCGACGGCGGGCCGGGGCCGCGUCGCGUGCCUCGUCGUCGACGUGCUGGCCUCGUGGGCCGUCCCCGUGGCGGAGCGGUGCGGCGUGCCGGCGGCCGGGUUCUGGCCGGCCAUGCUCGCCAGCUACCGCGCCGUCGCCGCCAUCCCGGAGCUCCUCCGCAAGGGCGUCAUCUCAGAGUCCGGUACUCCCGCUGUCUCGUCGAAUCAGCUCGACGACAAGGAUGGUCGGGAGGAGGAGCAGGUGGUUCGAGGCCUUGGCAUCCUCCCGGCGCAGCUCGAGCUGAGCACCAAGGAGCUCCCAUGGCUCGUGGGCGACUCGGCUACCCAGCGAUCGAGGUUCGCCUUCUGGCUCCAGACGCUGCGCCGCGCCAGGGGCUUCCGCUCUGUCCUCGUCAACUCCUUCCCCGGCGAGGCCGUCACCGGCACUGCCGCCGCCGAGGACGACGACGGGCCGCAGCGGCAGGCCGCCUGCCCUCGCGUUCUUCCCGUCGGGCCGCUGCUUGUGCUCGCCGGAUGCAACGUAGAGCGCGCGAAAGGCGCCGGCGACGACGGCGGCGUCGCGGCAACGAAUAUUAACAACCACCCGCAGCCGUGCAGCAAGAACCCCAGCAUGUGGCAGGCGGACUCGACGUGCAUCCGCUGGCUGGACGCGCAGCCCGCGGCGUCGGUGGUGUACGUCUCCUUCGGCAGCUGGGUGGGGCCGAUCGGCCACGACAAGAUCCGCGAGCUCGCGCUCGGGCUCGAGGCCACCGGCCGCCCCUUCCUGUGGGCGAUCAAGGACGACCCGUCGUGGCGCGCCGGCCUCCCCGCCGGCUACGCAGGGAGCGUCGCCGGCCGCGGCAAGCUGGUGGACUGGGCGCCGCAGGACGACGUGCUCGGGCACGCGGCCGUCGGGUGCUACCUCACGCACUGCGGCUGGAACUCCACCGUGGAGGCCAUCCAGCACGGCGUCCGCAUGCUGUGCUGCCCUGUCUCCGGCGACCAGUUCAUCAAUUGCGCGUACAUCACCAGGGUCUGGGAGGUCGGGCUCAAGCUCGGCAGCGUGCGCCGCGACGUCGUACGUGACUGCAUCGAGAGGAUCAUGGGAGGCGCGGAAGGGACGCGCCUGCAGGAGAAGAUGGACGCGCUGAGGCAGAGAGCCGUGACGGCCGAGGCCAGGUGCUUGGCGCAGGGGAACCUCAGGUCUUUCGUCAACGAAAUCAAGAGAGACCACCCGUUGUUGACGCAGAUUUACAACAUAUUGUAGGAUCGGUAUUAUAUAUGCUUGGGCAGGCCCGCAGGUGCAUGUACAUUAUUAGAUGUACAAUUGUACAUUGUUAGUAUCUUUCUCGUCACCGGUUAAGUGCCUGUUGAAAUGCGUACCUUAGUAAUCUAGUGGUACUGUAUCAAAGAAUGCGCGCUCUUAUUGAAGGAUCGAAGUUAAUUCAAUGGUUAGGUUCGGAUUA